GCCACUUUCUUUAGCGUUGGCAACAUUGUUGGCCCCAACUUUCUCCGUAGCCAAAAUAUGUGUUGACGUAGUCAAAUGUCAAAAAUCACUCGACAAGUGGUUGGAGCAACAGAUCCGCAGCAAGUGCUUUUCGUUUUGUAUUAACCAACAGUUUUACAAUUUCCCUUACAAGCGUGCAGCAAGUAGCUAAACUAUAGCAAAAUGCGCCAACUUCGUGGUAAAGUGAAAGAAACACGCAAGCAGAAGAAGGAGCGUAAACUCGAGAAUCUGGAGAUACAAAACCAAUUGAAAACCAUUGUAAUACCAGCAGUUUGCGUCUUCGCGCUACUCAUUGUUGUCUUCGUCUAUUUCAAAACGCGACCGGCGGUGGAGGUGUAGAGUUAGUGUUUAUAUACGGUCCAGUAAUGUGCGCCUUCAAUGGCCAAAACGAAAACUAGCCUAAAUGUACUGACCAGCAAUAGGCAGUGUGAAAUUUUAAAGUUACUAAUGGAGUAGUGCUCAAUGACACACAGUGCUAUGCACUCUCAACUACUUUUCUAAUUGUUGCGAAUAUAUUUUAAGGCUGAUGCGCAUAAUUAGUUUGUAAUAUCAUAUUUCAGUGAAAAUUUUAAAUUUAUUUGUGAGUCUCUAAGAAAUCAAUGUACUAUAUGGUGUUGCGUGUCUACCGCUUUUCUAGAAUAUCAUAGAACCAAGAGUUUAAAAAAAAAAACACUUGUACAAAUAUUAGAGCAGUUGACGUCAGUGCUUCUCCCAGUAAUUAAUAUAUGCAAACAUAUGUGCAUACAUAAUAUUUAUUAAGUCUAUAUAUCUAUAUAUUUCCUAAAAUAUAUGUGUUUAUACAUAGCUGUAUAUUUUAAUAUAUAUGUAUAUGUAUGUUGAGAGAAAAUAAUAAAAUAUUAUAUUUUAUAUAA